UCUUGAUAGAGUAUGAACUCUACAUCAAAUGAACUCACCAGAAGGAUGGCAAUAUACGAGCAAUCCCACCAGAUAUGCGGGUGGGGAGACGCAUUCAACCGCGAAUCGUCCUCAAUCGUAGAGAUGGAUGUUGGGGUAGAGAACAAGGCCGGAUAUAUAUCUUGUGAUCAAGUUGAACCUUCAAGAAGUGAUCAAGAAACAAACAGGCCCAAUGAUAAGACACAGAGACGUCUGGCACAAAACCGAGAAGCUGCUCGUAAAAGUCGUAUUCGGAAAAAGACCUAUGUUCAAGAAUUAGAAUCAAGUCGUUUGAAACUAGCUCAAUUGGAGCAAGAGCUUGAAAGAGCUAGGCAGAAGGGUAUAUACAUAAGCAGUGCACCAGAUUCUUGUUAUUUCGGGCUAUCGGGAACCACAAACCCAGGGAUUAGUGCAUUUGAGAUGGAAUAUGGACACUGGGUUGAAGUGCAAGAUAAACAGGUUUGUGAACUUCGAAAUGCACUUCAGGCACAGAUUACUGAUAUAGAGCUACAGAUACUGGUACAAAGUGGCUUGAAUCACUACUGCAAUCUUUUCCGAAUGAAAGCCGAGGCUGCAAAGGUCGAUGUCUUUUAUUUGAGCUCAGGCCUUUGGAGAACUUCGGCUGAGCGGUUUUUCCAUUGGAUAGGAGGAUUGAGGCCAUCAGAGCUUUUAAAUGCUGUCAUGUCGCAUAUCGAGCCCUUGACCGAUCAACAACAGUUGGAAGUUUGUCACCUCAGACAAUCUUCUCAGCAAGCUGAAGAUGCUCUUUCACAAGGAAUGGACAAACUUCAGCACAAUUUGGCCCAAAACGUGGCAUCUGAUUUCAGCUGGGGAAACUACAGAGCUCAGAUGGCUGUUGCAACAGAUGUAUUAGAAGCACUUGAGGGCUUUGUAAACCAGGCGGACCACCUUCGGGAACAGACGUUGCUACAGAUGGUUCGAGUGCUCACUACCCACCAAGCAGCUCGAGCAUUGCUUGCCUUAGGGGAAUACUUUCAUCGUCUACGUGCUCUCAGUUCACUCUGGGCUGCCCGUCCACGUUAACCACCAAUAGAUACAUAUAUAGGCGGUAGAAUCACCACUAGUUUGUUCCUCAACUAGUAACCAAAUAGACAUUAUCCUAUAUGACUUCAGUCUGCUAUAAUAUUAUAAUAUAUAUAAUGUUUUGAUUCUUGAGCAUAAAACAUGUAAAUA